UGAAGUGUAUAAAGAAGUUUGCACGCAAAUAUCAUUUUACUUGCCGGGUUUCAAUAGAAAAAUUGUUAAUUAUUCAACAAAUUAAAAAGAGAGGUAGCAAAAUGUUUGGUACUUUGCAAAACUAUUUGAGUGGUGUACAACGCGCUUGGUCCGCUGCAGAUGGCGACUCCUUGUCUUCCUUCAUUUCACUCAAAGACAAACAUAUAAUGAAUCGCAAUCUCUACGUGGAAAACCCAGAAAAUACAGUUGAACGUAUGCUCGAUCCGCCAAUUGAUGAAAUAGUGUGCGCACAUCUGAAGGUGCUCUACUACUUGGGCAUGGAAUCGCGAGACUUCAUGCAGGCUUAUCGUCAGCAGUCACAAUGCAUACAAUCUGUUGUUAAAAUGCUACAACAGUUGAAAGAGGAGAAUUGGUGCCUGCCAAUUAUGUACACGACCUGCUUGGAUUUGCGUAUAUUAGCGCAGAAAUGCGAGGAUCUUGGCAGUAGUAGUAAGCCAGGUGAAAUACUUGAAAAGGCUGCCGACUGCCUAAUGAGCUGCUUCCGUGUUUGCGCCGCAGAUAAUAGAUCUUCUGACGACGACACCAAACGCCUUGGCAUGCUCAACUUGGUAAAUCAGCUAUUUAAGGUGUAUUUCCGCAUCAACAAAUUGCAUUUAUGUAAACCAUUGAUACGCGCCAUUGAUAGCAGCAACUUCAAAGACUCCUUCCCAUUACCCGAGCAGAUUACAUACAAAUAUUUUGUAGGUCGCAAAGCUAUGUUCGACUCCGACUACAAGAGUGCUGAUGAAUUUCUUUCAUUCGCCCUGCGCAAUACACCACGCAAUUUUCCACGCAACAAGCGUCUCAUACUGAUCUACUUAGUGCCGGUAAAGAUGCUACUUGGAUAUUUGCCAAAGAAACAAAAUCUCGAACGUUUUGACCUACUACAGUUUCAUGAACUUGCUGUCGCGCUAAAAGAGGGCAAUGUACGCAAGUUCGAUGAAGUUAUACAACGGCAUGAGAUAUUCUUUAUCAAAUGUGGCAUUUACUUAUUGGUUGAGAAAUUGAAGUUCAUUGUCUAUCGUAAUCUCUUCAAGCGUGUAUAUAUAAUCAAACAGACACAUCAAUUGGAUUUGCGCGCAUUUCAGGCGGCGCUGCAAUUUGUUGGCGAGACCGAUAUGAGUAUCGAUGAGACACAUUGUAUUGUAGCGAAUUUGAUUUUCGAGGGCAAAAUUAAAGGCUACAUCUCAUAUAGCCACAAUAAGUUGGUGGUGUCCAAGCAGAAUCCUUUUCCACCACUCAAUACGGUUUCCUAGGAGCGGGUUAUGCGUGGCGCAGAGCUGCACGGACCUGGAUCGUUAAGUUAUUUAUAAAACAUUUUUAUACCAACUAGUAAUUAUGGUAUGCUAAAGUGACAUAUUUUAUCGUAUUGAUUCUUAGAUUUGCAUGCUGUAGCUAGUAUAUAUAUGUAUAUGAUAACUGUUAAUUCUCACUUACAUAAGUGUGUAACAAGAAAAGAUAAAAGUAUAAUAAACAAGAGGACUUGUUAUUUUCAAACGCA